AUGUCCUUCGGGAAAUCCAUGAAGGCAUCUGCGGCAACCACUCGGGCGCACGCUCACUGGCUCAUAAGGCAAUUCGCCAAGGAUACGUUUGGCCUUCACUCCACAUUGACGCCCAGGCCUUCACCUAGAAAUGCGACUAAGUGUCAGAGAUUUGCUAACAUUCCACAACUCCCGGCUGAACCAUUGACAGCCAUGGUCAGUCCUUGGCCAUUUGCCCAAUGGAGACUGGAUCUCAUUGGGCCGAUGCCUGAGGGCAAGGGCCAAGUCAAAUAUGCAGUUGUAGCCGUAGACUACUUCACCAAAUGGGCUGAAGCCGAAGCCUUAGCCACCAUCACUGCGGCCCGCAUCGAAACCUUUGUGUGGCAAAAUAUCGUAUGUCGCUUCGGCAUCCCCAACUCCAUCAUCACAGACAAUGGUUGGCAAUUUGACAAUGCCAAAUUCAAACAAUUUUGUUCUAACCUCAAGAUCCGUCUUUGCUUCGACUCCCCAACCCAUCCUCAGUCCAACGGCCAGGUCGAAGCCGUGAACAAAAUUAUCAAGAAGACCCUAAAUACAAAACUUGACAAAGCCAAGGGUUGCUGGCCAGAACUACUUCCGAAAGUCCUCUGGUCCUACCGCACCACCUUCCGCACCUCCACCGGUGAAACGCCGUUCUCUCUAUCAUUUGGUACCGAAGCCGUGGCACCAGUAGAAAUUGGCCAACCCACAUACCGAACCUCCACUUACGAUGCCAAGGCCAAUGACUUCAUUGACGAGCUCCGUGACCAAUCUCAACUUCAUUGA